ACAGACUGGACUUUGUCCGUCUCAUGUCAGGUUCCGCCCGGAGACGAGGCUAAUCCCCAUACAGACGGGUGUGCUCCCUCCAGACCCCGGGGCUACCGCUGCUGCAGCACUGAGCCACACGGCCACUGGCUGCGAGUCUGCGACACUCACGUUGCCUCCACAUGUGAAGAUUUGUACCUGGAGUCAGGCUCCCUACCACGCAUACUUGAGGUACCGACGGAUACUCGAUACUUGCUGCCUUACCCGACAACGCCGGCCACCACCCGCCUGUCCGGCCUUUUCUUCUUCCUGUGUCACGGUAUGGAUAUCCGGACUUUGAGCGACCACGACAAGGCUCUCCGUCUCUUCCCCACGCGGCUGGACGACGUCCACCGCACACGACCAGGACAAGCCCAAGGGAAGCCAGGACAGCUCCAUGCGGAGAAAUCAAAGAUUUGGAGGGCGUACGGGGUACUGUAUUUUGCCGUCGCAAGGGCCUCGUCUCAGACUUUUGCAAUGCAGUCUGCAUCUCGUCCAGGGCUGCAGAAGCCAGAGUCAUGUCCCAAAAACUCUUGCCGCUGGAAGAUACCUGAUACUGUUGUACACGGCUGUCAUUGGGUGAUUGGACAUUGCUACCUUACUGUUGAUCUGGAGGUCCCGUCCAGCCGGCUAGGUUCCUGUCAGUUCAGCGGCGGGCAGCAGCGCGCAGGACGGCUACAGAUUGAGGGUACUUCCUUACUAAGGCCUAGGUACUUCUGUCUGUCCAGCUAA